AUGGCGUUCCAAAUUGCUAAUAAGGUGGCCUUGGUGACCGGAGGGGCCAAAGGAAUCGGCCUGGGAUUCGUCAAGAACCUCCUCAAAAACGGAGCAAAGGGGGUAACAAUAGCCGACAUGGACCGCGAGCAAGGCGACAAAGCGGUCGAAGAACUGGCUAAAACUUACGGAAAGGACAAAAUUAAUUUCGUCUUCACCGAUGUCGCAAACACAGCUAGUUUCGAAAACGCCUUCCAACAAACCAUCAGCAAAUUCGAAAAUAUAGAUUUGUUGUUCAACAACGCAGGAAUAUCCGCGGAGAAGCGCUGGCAGCAAGUCGUGGAUGUCAAUUUAAAAGGAGCCAUCAAUGGGAUGAUACUGGGAUUCGAGGAUUAUUUGAGGAAGCACAAGCAAGGCGAUGAAGCCGUCAUCGUUAACACCUCUUCCAUUAGCGCCUUCUUGCCUAUACCCCACGUGCCAGUAUACGCCGCAACCAAAGCAGGUUUGGUGGCUUUGACGAGAACUUGGAGCCACGAAGCUCAUUACCGCAGAUCAAAAAUAAGAGUGCUGGCUAUUUGCCCUUCGAUGACGAAAACUGGGCUGAUAAAAGGGGAUCACUCUCUAAACGAUGAGUACACGGAGAUAUUCCUGAAGUCGGGUUUGCUAGAGGAUGCUCUCAUACAAGGGCCGGAUUUCGUCACGGACGAGACGAUGAAAUUGAUAAGUUCUGCGCCAAACGGGUCCUGCUGGAUCAUAGAAAACGGGAAGCCGGCCUAUCAGUAUGUUUUUCCCGAUAGAGAGAAGUUAAGAGAUUGA